AAGAAUAUACACACUUUUAAAAAUGCCUGAACACACACCUGCACCAACACAGAGCAGAGCCGUUUAUGGCUUUGCAUUACAUUUAAUAUUGAGAGCAUUAUUCUUCUUAUAUACAUUAUGGGCCAUGAUUCCAGAUGAAUACUUUAUUUCCAUAGGCAUUACAUACUUACCAAACAGAUAUUGGGCUGUAACAAUUCCAAUAUUCCUUUUAUCAGGGUUAGCAACAUUUGCAUUUAUAGUAUACCCAAGUUUUGGAUUAUACAUUACACCAAAUUUGAAUGAUGAAAGAACAAUCAUGGAUUCUGCAUCAAUAACAAAAAAAAGUAAGAGAAAUGCCCACCCUGAGCAAGGUCAGUUUAAAUGCAUCUGCAAGAAUCCUUGUAAAUGUGAAAAGAAAAUAUUUGACCAAAUAGAAGAAAAUGACUUUAUUGAAAACGCUAUACCAACAGUUCAAGAUAUAAAUAUGCUAGAGGUAUCUGAGCACUUGUAUCUCUGAUCACAUAUUUAAACAAAAUAUUGAGGUUUCUUCACAGUUAUACCAAAUUCAGCCAAAGCCGGUGUCAAAUCUUCCAUUGUUAAACAAUAUCUUCUAUCCUUAGUUCCCUUGGAAUUCUAAAAAUAAUAUUUAUUUAAUGUA